UCCAAAAAAAGCGCGCGGCGUGUUUUUGCAAGCAAAACAAUUUGGCUGGCGUUGGCUAAUCUAAUUUAUUGGACAACAACUUUUCAGGAAUCACUCAACCGUCAUGGGAAUUCUUGGAUUAUCCAAGCUCAUUGCGGAUUUGGCGCCACAGGCGAUUCGCGAAAGUGAAAUGAAGAACUUUUUUGGUCGCAAGGUGGCCAUUGAUGCAAGUAUGUGCCUGUACCAGUUCCUCAUUGCUGUGCGCUCCGAAGGCGCCCAGUUGGCCACCGUGAACGGGGAUCCCACGUCCCACCUGAUGGGCAUGUUCUACCGCACCAUUCGGUUGCUCGACAACGGCAUCAAACCGGUCUAUGUCUUCGACGGAAAGCCGCCGGAUCUGAAGUCCGGGGAGCUGGCCAAGCGCGCCGAGCGGCGGGAGGAGGCGGAGAAGGCUCUGAAGGCAGCCACCGACGCGGGAGAUGAUGCCGGGAUUGAUAAGUUCAAUCGCCGGUUGGUCCGGGUGACCAAGGAGCAUGCCAAAGAGGCCAAGGAGCUGCUCACUCUGAUGGGCGUGCCCUAUGUGGAUGCUCCCUGCGAAGCGGAGGCCCAGUGUGCUGCCCUCGUCAAAGCAGGCAAAGUCUACGCCACCGCCACAGAGGAUAUGGAUGCCCUCACCUUCGGAUCCACGAAACUGCUUCGUUAUCUCACCUACAGCGAGGCGCGCAAGAUGCCCGUCAAGGAGUUCAGCUACGAUAAGUUACUCGAGGGUCUGGCUAUCAACAGCCGCGAAUUCAUUGAUCUCUGCAUCCUGCUGGGCUGCGAUUACUGCGAGAGCAUCAAAGGCAUUGGUCCCAAGCGGGCCAUCGAGUUGAUCAAUAAUUACAGGGACAUAGAGACCAUUCUGGAUAACCUGGACACCAGCAAGUACACGGUGCCCGAGAACUGGAACUACAAGGUGGCUCGGGAACUCUUUAUCGAACCGGAGGUGGCGAACGCCGAGGCCAUCGAUCUCAAGUGGGUCGCGCCGGACGAGGAGGGCCUGGUCAAGUUCCUCUGCGGCGACAGGCAGUUCAGCGAGGAUCGCGUUCGCAACGGGGCCAAGAAGCUGGUGAAAUCCAAGCAGGCUCAGACCCAGGUGCGACUCGAUAGCUUCUUCACGGCCCUGCCCAGCACUCCGAAUGCCACGAACGCCGCCAAACGGAAGGCCGAGGAAGCCAAGAAGAGCGCCAACAACAAGAAGGCCAAGACCAGCGGAGGCGGAGGUGGGCGUGGCAGGAGACCCAAGUAGCUACUCCGGUUGUCGUCUGGAAAAACGUACAAUUCUUUAAUUUUAACUUAACCGUAUUUAAAGCCUAUGCUUACGAUAAAAACUACAUCUUUGAGCUUAA